GGAAGCGUAAGCGGGGGGCGGGGCCUGCGGCGGAAGUGGGGCGGGGGCGGGGCCGCGGGCGGCGGCGGCGGCGGGGAGCCGGGCGUCCGCCAUGGGUCUGACGGCGCCGCUCUGCCCCAGGCAUGGACGAUGGCUUCCUCAUGGAGGUGUGCGUGGACUCGGUGGAGUCCGCCGUCAACGCGGAGCGCGGAGGUGCCGGCCGGAUCGAGCUGUGCGCGGGUCUCGUGGAAGGAGGGACCACCCCCAGCAUGGGGCUCUUGCAGGUGGUGAAGCAAUGCGUGAGAAUCCCCGUCUUCGUGAUGAUCCGACCUCGCGGCGGAGAUUUCCUCUACUCAGACCGUGAGGUGGAAGUGAUGAAAGCCGAUAUCCGCCUUGCCAAGCUGCAUGGGGCUGACGGGCUGGUGUUCGGGGCCCUCACUGAGGAUGGGCGCAUUGACACAGAGCUCUGCACAGCGCUGCUGGCGGUGUGUCGUCCCCUGCCAGUCACAUUUCACCGAGCCUUCGACAUGGUGCACGACCCUCUGGUGGCAUUGGAGACCCUGAUUUCUCUGGGGUUUGAGAGGGUGUUGACAAGUGGCUGUGACAGCUCAGCGCUGGAAGGAUUAUCCUUAAUUAAGAGGCUUGCGGAACAGGCGAAGGGCAGAAUUGUGGUGGUGCCAGGGGGUGGCAUCACAGAGCGCAACCUGCAGAGGAUUCUGGAAGGCUCCACUGCUUCUGAGUUUCACUGCUCUGCUCGCUCAGCCCGAGACUCAGGAAUGAAGUUCAGUGUACGAAUCCAGCGGUGCUCAUCAUCUGGACGCGAGCUCCAUGCAUACCUGGAUCCUUGGGGCAUUUCUUCUGCUACUGCUGCCCUAGGGCUUGUGAGUGCACUUGUGUGGCACUUAGGAAGGCAGGUUCUGGUGUAGUAGCCUUAAAACUUUUAACACUGAAAUGUGUAGGAUUUGGGAGGCCAGUGGGUUGUUCCUCUGAGGAGUGAGUGAGGAAUGGCUUACAUUUGUCCACAGGCCUGCACUGGGUUUCUGUUGAUGCUGUUAUUUCUUGCCUUUGGGUUAUUUUUCUUUCUAUUAAUGUCUCUUCUUUGGUCUGGGUGGCACCAGCAGGUUCUCUGGCCACUGCUGAGACUACAGGAGAGAGUGCAUUUUCGUUACUUACUCAUCUGUAUCACCUGCACAUAGUAA